AUGUCGCCGGACAAUGGCAAGGAAGAAAAAGCCAAGUUAAAGGCCAAGUCCCGCUCUAUUCGUGCUGGGCUAGUAUUCCCGGUGGGUCGAGUUCAUCGUCGGCUCCGCAAGGGAAACUAUGCGGAUCGUGUCGGAUCCUGGGCACCAGUCUAUUUGGCUUCCGUGCUAGAGUACUUGACAGCAGAAGUGUUGGAGCUGGCAGCCAAUAUUGCUCGAAACAGGAGGAAGAUUCGUAUUAUACCACGUCAUCUGCUGCUAGCCAUCCGGCAGGAUCAGGAACUGAAUCAACUGCUCUCGAAUGUGAUUAUUCCCGAAGGAGGUGUUCUGCCAUACAUCUCGGGCAUUCUGUUACCAAAGAAGACUGCAAAGAAGACCUAA